AUGGUUACUUACAUUAUUGCGAGCAAGGCUAAGAAUCCAUACUUGGCAGAGGCUCUUGGUGAAUAUUUGUAAAAGAACUGCAACGAUGUGUUUGUGAAGACAGUCAUUAAACAUAAAAAGGAAUGGGCUGAAUUCCUUGAUUCUGUCUGCAGAACAUAUGGCUUUAAGAAAAGAUCAUGCCCUCUUGUCUACACAAUAGAAGGAACAUUGAUUGGAGAUGCUUAAUAGUUUGUUGAGCAUGUUAAAGAUAAAUACUCAAAGGCCAUCGCAAUUACAAAAGACACUCAAAAGAAAAGAACUCAAUAAAACGUUAGCAUGAUUAACGAGUAUAUGAGGAAGAAGAAGGAUGGAUUGACACUUGGAGAAAAAAUUGAACAGCAUUUGAGAGAAAUUAAAACUUCUGGUCUGGUUGAUUUGAUGGAGGCCUUCUUCAAAUAAGAAACUGAUAGAGGUACUCAUUUCCAAGUUAGAAGAUUGGAUCUUAUGCAAGAUAAGAGACAACAUGAUGUGAUCGAUGAAAUAGAAAGGGCUAUUAGGUCUCAAAAAGAAAAGGAAUAAAAAGAGGCUUCAAGAGAUAUGGAUUACGAAGAAUUCCUAGCUAAGUAUAUCGAUCAUAUUGAGGGAAGAGUGGAUGCAGAUUAAAGAUUUGGAAAUAGACCUGUUACUGCUGAUGAUCAAAAUCCAGAAUCAUAACCAAAUCUUGCUAAUGCUAAGGGUUCUGGAGCUCUACAAAAUACUAGCACAAACUAAUUCGAAGAAAAUAAAAAUGAGGAGUCUAAGAUUGAAAACGCCUCAGAAAAAUUAAAUGAUAGCUCUAUCAGCAAAUCCAAAGUCAAAGAGGAUUAAUUAAACAAGAGCAAGGAUUCAAUUUUGUCUAAGGAUGACUAUAAAUAUGAAAUUCCAUAACUUUGCCACAUCACACUUAUGAAAGGUAACUAGAUAGAAAAACUUCAUAGAAAGUACAUAUUAAUGUCACAUCCUUUCCCUAAAAUUGAAGGUGAGAUGAUUAUGUUCUUGCCCGUCAAACAAGAUCAAUUUGAUCCAUAGCUUGUAAUAUUCAGAGACUACUCACUUAGAAAAAGACUACCAACUAAGCCAAAACCUAAGAAGCUGAGUUCUUAUCAAUAGAAAAAACUUGAAACUGAGGACAAAGAAUCAUCUAAACUAAGUUGCUUAGAAAUUGAUCUCAGACAACCCUUAUCAUCGAUUGAUUGGAAAAACUUUGCUUAGGUACUAAAUGAAGUGCAAGGUCUUGGAUUUGUAUCAAUACUUCCUGUGGGAGAGAAAUCAUCUUAACCUGUCUAAAAUCAACUUAUUCAUAUACUUCCAAACUCUAAGAUUCCUUUCCAAAGUCUCCCUCUAGAUUUGUUGAUCACAUCCAAAGUCUAAUAUGUCAAGUUGUAGUAGGAACAAGCUCUUGAGGAAGCAAGACAUAACGGAGGCUAAGUAAAAAGCCCUUAAAAGCACUCAAAGGAUAAAGAUUCUAAGAAAAACGAGAUUCUGAACAUUAUUACAGUUGAUGAGUAUAGAUUCCCUCAUGCAGUCUAUAUCUUCGAGACUAGUUCCUUAAAAGAAGAUCAUCUUAUCAAUGGUUACAAUAAGAUUCAUCAAUUUUUACAAUUAGAUGAUCAUCCAGAAUCAGGAUUAACCAUAAUUGCAACUCCUAAUUGGAUGUUUGUUACCACAAUAACUGGUCCCUACACCAAACAUACAAUUUAUGCUCCAGAUCAAAGAGUAGUACCUGUCUACGCAGACCCAUAUGCUUACUGCGGAAUCUUAAACAUUCAAAACACUCAAAAAGAGUGGCCUGCAACUGCUGGCUUGUCAGAUGAUACUCUCAGCCCCUAUGAAGUUUUAGAAAGAAGUUCUUAGUAUGGAAGACCAGAGCAUGAAGAAAUUCUUACUUAAUUUAAUUCUUAAAUGUCAUAAAAGAAAUAAUCAUUUGUAAAGCGAGAUGAGAACAUAGAUUUGGAGCGAAAGAAGGCUUCUCAAAUCUUGCACUAUCUUAUGGAGAGGAAAUAAGAAUCAGAAUUUAGAGAUCCUUUUGACUUGCUUAGGAAUAUGUAGGAUGUGAUUCAAAUAUAUGAACCUCUAAAGUCUAAUGACAUAAUUUAAGAUCAAAGAAGCUUAACAGUAGAUGAAACUACAAGUUCCAAAAUUAAUUCAGCAAGAUAGAACAUUAAGAGUAAGGUUAAUACACAAUAUCAUUUCUACCCCUAAAAUUAAUAAGAGAAUAUGUCAGCUUCUAAACUGAGAAAAACAAUGCUGCGCAAGCAUUAUCUGAACUAGAGUCAAGAUAAUAAUCAAUUUAAUUAACAAACUGAGUACUCUCAGUUACCUGAGGCCAAUGUUCAACUUCCCUCAAUUAUGAAAAAAUAAAGAACUUUUGAUUAGAAGAAGCUUAUUCAUCCAUAAUCAGGGAAGAGGUCAACAAAAACCUUUUUGAGUAAGCAUGAAGAAAAAGUAUUGGACUUGAGUAAUGUGGCUGAUGCUAUUAUGGCAGCUUAAGAUCCAAAUAAUUUAGAAUUAAAAUAUCAAAAGAUUAAAAAAAUCAAAGAAGAAUUCAAUGAUAUCAAGACAUAGUUUGGUAUACCAACUCCAUAAUACUUUAAUCCUUCAUAAACUUCAUAAUUGAGCUACAUGGGCUCAAGAAGGAAUGAACUGAGAUCUAGAGGGUAGAACUCAACUACAGCUGCUUCUUCGAUUCCAGCUUAAUCAUAGUAAAGAACUGAGAAAAGAGAUUCAUUUCAAGAAUAACCCAAAAAUUUUAUUAUAAGAAAUAGAGUAAUGACUUCUCAAAAUGUAUUUAGACCUGCCAGAUUAUAGAACACUUAACUUCCUCCGAAGGAUAAGACUAUUAUGACUUCUCCACAUUCGAGGUCCGAGCUUAGAAUCACAAAGUUUGCGUAUGGGAGUGCAAAGAAAGAACCACAAAGCACAAAAUAUAACUUGAAUUAAGCUGUUGAAACAGAAAUUACUUUUAAUAAUCACAAAUAAGAUAGCUCAAGACAAGCUCUAGACAAGGAAAAAUUACAAAAUGAAAUAGGAUAGGGUGGAAUCAAAUAGUAAAAUCAAAGUUUAAAGGAAAUCGAUAGGAAUAUAAGAAUCAAACGCAGAAAGCUGAGUAUUAGUUAGAAUCAGAAUAAGGAUUAUAACUAUAAGAUAGAUGGUUCCCUUUGUAUUAGCCAUGAGGGUAAGCUAAGCAAUUUAAAUAAGAUAUCAGGUAUCUUUGGACCAAUAAAUAAUAGUCAUGGUAAGUCUAAAGGAGCCAAUGAAAAUAAGAUCGGCUCAGCUACUAGUGGGUACAGUGGGCUGAAAUAAUACCAAAUUUAGAAAGUUAAUUCAGAAGCCCUUGAGAAGUUUAGUAGACUUUAAACGAAAGAAAGCAUUUAUAAACCUGUUUACAUUUAAAACAAAAGUAAAAAUAGAUCACCUUAGAAGAUAUUUGACUAUUCAGCUAAUAGUUAGAUAUCAUAACAAGUAGAAGCAAGAUCUAGAACUAAAAAUAUGGCUUGCGAUCUUGAAAUAUAGAAAAUGGAUUUACCUUAUAGCAAAAGAAAUGAUUAGUUAGAUGUUCAAUUAAUAUCUUCAAGAAGUUUCUAACAACCAAAAUCAUAAUUCGAGACGGAGGGCUAAAAAUUUUCUACAAUAGGACCUAGUAUUGAAGCUGAUAAGCAAACAAGAAAUUUAGAAGCUAUUUAAGAAGAAGAGACUAAUCUCCUGAGGCUAAAUAUUAAUCAUCAAGCCAAAGUUCAUUAAACUUAAUUUGAUUUUCACAAAACCUAGAUUAAGAAUGAAUAAAAAAAUGAUGUGAAAAAUAAAACUUCUGGAGGACCUUUAUUUGAACAGUACAAAUAGAAUUAAUAAUAAUAAAUUUAAUUGCUAUCAAAGAAAAAGAAAAAGGACUAGAAAAAAUAAGGCAAGAAAUAAGUAAAAUUAACAUUUGAAAGCGUCUAUAUGAGAGAAGCUAUAUUAGCUUUGAUCCAUUCAUAGUCAAAUUAAGUAAAUCCCCUAAAAGUAAAGUAAUAUGCUGCGCUAGGUAAGAAACGAAAAAGUACGAAUUCAAGUCAAAUUCGAACAAAAUCUUCAGUGCUUCGCAGAUAGAAAGAUAUCAACACUACAGUAAUAGAGGGAUAAUAAAACUCACUGCUUAAUGAUGAAACUUUUCCUGAUCUUUACAUUCAACAGUAUGGAGGUUAGUAGAUAAAUUCAGGUGAACUCAUAAUAAACGACCAAAGAAUUUUGUCUCAUAAUUAGUUACUUGAAAAUAGAGAUUCUUAUGAAUUUCAAAAUACUGAAAACUCAGUUAUUCUUUUAAAUGAACCUACUGAGGAGAAUUUAUUUAAUAUUCCUGAUUUCUGUGAGCAAAUCAAUGAUUUAUGA